AUGCUGGACCCACGUUGGGGCCGCGGGUCCGAGACGCCUGGUGAAGAUGUGCUGCGGGUUAAACGCUACGCCGAAUACAUGACCCGAGGCCUCGAUGGACCUGUCCCUGAGGAGCAGCAACGCAUUAUCUCGACUUGUAAGCACUACGCCGGGAACGACUUUGAGGACUGGAACGGCACCAGCCGGCAUAACUUCAACGCCAAGAUCACGAUGCAAGACCUUGCCGAGUACUAUUUGAUGCCUUUCCAGCAGUGUGCUCGAGACUCCAAGGUCGGCUCCAUCAUGCGUGCAUAUAACGCCGUCAAUGUUACGGAACACAACAACUACAUUACGAGCGACUGCGAGGCUGUGCUCGAUGUGUCCGCGAACCACCAUUAUGCGCCCAUCAAUGCCGCUGGUACUGCUCUCUGUUUUGAGGCCGGCAUGGACACGAGCUGCGAAUACAGUGGCUCCUCAGAUAUCCCAGGGGCCUGGUCACAGGGCCUACUCAAGGAAGAGACUGUUGACAGAGCGCUUCUUCGACUGUACGAGGGCCUUGUUCGGGCCGGCUAUUUCGAUGGCGACGAGGCGAUUUACGCUUCUCUAGAUUGGAAGGAUGUCAACUCCCCAGAAGCUCAAAGUCUCGCGCUUCAGGCUGCCGUUGAGGGGAUUGUCCUACUCAAAAACAAUGGUACCCUGUCCCUGGACCUCAAACCCUCUCACAAGGCCGAUGCCCCUGAGAAGCUGGAAGGCGGCUACAGCGGGAGAGCCGCUCACCUACAUUCCCCGGCGUACGCUGCCCGGCAGCUUGGCCUGGAUGUUGCGGUGGCAACAGGCCCUGUUCUUCAGACGGAUGCUGCGAACGACAACUGGACCGCCAGUGCCUUGGAAACUGCCAAGGGAGCGGACUAUAUGUUUUACUUUGGCGGCUUGGAUACCUCUGCCGCAGGGGAAACACUCGAUAGGACGAACCUCGACUGGCCAGAAGCGCAGUUGAGUCUCAUCAAGAAGUUGAGCAAGCUCGGAAAACCGCUUGUGGUCAGUCUGCUCGGUGAUCAGCUGGACUACACGCCUCUAUUGGAGUUUGACGAGGUCAGCUCCAUCUUAUGGGCCAAUUGGCCUGGUCAGGAGGCGGACCCAAAACGCUUAAUGGGCUUAUCAUACCACCUUGAUGAGCUGCAUGAUAGCAACCACUACACGAGUUUCAAGGCAGAAGUGGAGAGUUUCCCUGAGACGCUGAAGAUCUCGCAUCUGAUGGCCGAGUGCAAGAAUGAGUUUCCUGACACAUGCCUGGCCCCAUCCUUGCCGGUUAGCAUCACCAACACUGAGGACCGAGCCUCUGACUAUGUGGCUCUCGCUUACCUGUCAGGCGAGUAUGGCCCGAAACCGUAUCCCAUCAAGACCCUUUCGGCCUACAAGCGCCUGCGCGACAUCGCGCCUGGGAAGACCGCGACGGUUGACCUUCAAUGGACACUCGGCGAUAUUGUUCGCCAUGACGAUGAGGGCAACACUGUGCUCUAUCCGGGCGAAUACGCCAUCACGAUUGACGAGCCGACCCUGACAACGGCCACGUUUACGCUUGAGGGCGAGGAAGCCGUGCUCGACAAGUGGCCGGCUCCGCCUAGCUAG